UUCAGUUACUUGAAUUUCCCAAAAAGUUCUAGAAAGUUCCUAUAAAGUUCUAGAAACAAGGAGCCUAUAAAUUUGGUAUUUGCAAUUCGAUACUUCUUUUUCACAGUAACUCUACUAACUACUCCACAUAUCGCCGGUAAUUUUGAUUCCGGUGAUAAUUCGCCGUCGCCGAUCGGAAUAUGGGGAUGCCGAGUGCUUGCGCCGUCUGCGGCAAUGUCACCUCUAAACGAUGCUCCCGCUGCAAGAUGGUUAAUUACUGUUCUGAUGCUUGCCAAAGAUCCGAUUGGAACUCAGGGCACAAGUAUGGAUGUAGGGAUUUUCAACCAUCUGUUAAAGGUAAUUCUGAGCAAUCACAACCGACUUUGCAAAGGAGGUACAUGUUUGGGACUUCAUUUGUUCCUUUUAGUGGAAAAAAUAAUAUACAGGAACUUUUUCCAUAUGAAGAAUUCUUGAAUUACUUUUACUGGGGUGGUUCAGGCUAUCCUCCUCGUAGACUCAUAAAUUGUGGUAACAGCUGUUUUGCUAAUGUGGUUCUGCAAUGUCUAACACAGACUAGACCACUUGUCACCUACUUGUUGGAGAAAGGCCAUAAAAGAGAAUGUAGAUCGAAUGGUUGGUGCUUCCUCUGCGAAUUUCAACUCCAUGUUGAACAAUGUACCUGGUGUCAGAAUCCCUUUUCACCAAUUGACAUACUAUCAGGGUUGCCUAACAUUGGUGGUAAUCUUUCUUGUGGAAAUCAGGAGGAUGCCCAUGAGUUUAUGAGGUUUGCUAUUGACACAAUGCAAUCGGGGUUACUUGCUGAAUUUGAUGGAGAUAAGGCUGUACCUCUUAGCGCUCAGGAAACAACUAUUAUUCAACAUAUAUUUGGUGGUCGCCUUCAAUCUCAGGUUGUAUGUACAGAAUGUGGUAAUCACUCGAAUCAGUUUGAGAAUAUGAUGGAUCUGACUGUAGAGAUUGAGGGGAAAGCUGAGUCUUUGGAGGAAUGCUUAGAUCAAUUCACUGCCGAAGAGUGUAUGGAUGGUGAAGAUAUGUAUAAAUGUGAUAGAUGUAAUGAUUAUGUCAAGGCAUGGAAGCGCCUAACGAUCCUGGAGGCACCAAAUAUUCUGACAAUCGCUUUGAAAAGGUUUCAGAGUGGGGAUCCUGUCAAACUAAAUAAGAGGGUGACUUUUCCUGAAAGUUUAGAUCUAAAUCCUAACAUGAGUGAAACAGGAGAUGGCAAUGACCAUUUCAAUCUGUAUGCAGUGAUUGUUCAUGAGGAUAUGUCAAAUGCAUUACAUUGUGGCCAUUAUAUCUGCUACAUCAAGGAUUUGAGAGAGAAUUGGUAUAGAGCCGACGACACUGAGGUUAUUGAUGUAAAAAUUGAUGAGGUUCUUGCACAGGAAGCAUACAUGCUCUUAUAUAGCAGGCAUUUAGCCAGGCCAACAUCCUUAUAUCCUCUUGAAUCAUUAAAUAAACAGGACAAAGCGGAAGGCAAGCAGCAUUCCACAGUUGCAUCUCUUGAGUGCCAUAAGACAACUGUGUCUCCUGCUAUAUGUUCUAAUCCUGUUUCAUUGCCAACUGAUAAGAGAUCAGUGAUUGUCAGGGAAAAAGAGGAGUUGCCCUCAGUUACUAACUUUGAGGGUGGUAGGGAGGAUCAAGAUAUGGUAGAUUCUGGGGAAAGUCGUAAAGUCUUGCAGGAACUUCAGGAUGUUAGAGAAUCCAGUGCAGAUGGAGAAACUUAUCUAAGAAUGUUAUCAGCUACUUAUUCCUUCAUUGAUAGUUGUGCUGAAACUGUAAUACAGAAAGCUGAAGGGAGAUUUCCCGUUUCUGACAAUGAGGAAAAAACCGAGAUGUGGAGAAGAACUUUUUAUGAGUCUCUGUUUGGAAGUUCUAGUGAGGAGGAGGAUUCUGUAAUUACAGAUGUUGAAUUCGUUGUUUCUGACAUUGAGGAAAACACCGAGACAUGUGAAGGAACUGCACAUGACUCUCUGUUUGAAAGUCCUUGUGAGGAUUCUGUUGCCACAAUUGGUGAAAUGCCGUAUGAUUCUUCUUCCGAUGCCUCUGACUCAAGCUCAUCUUAAACAAAUGCACGCCCGCAGUCUGGCUUAUCUUGUGAAAGUCCACAAUCUGGUAGAUUCUGUGAAUGAACA